AUGACUGAAUUAAAAAAUAAUGCUUUACCAGGAGGUUGGGAAAAUACAUUUGAAGAAACAAUAAUAGUUGAAAAUAUUGAAGAAGGUAUUCAGUACAAACUUAAUGGUAUAGAAUUAUUUAAAAGAAUUAUUAAUGACCAACGUCGUAAAAUUCACCAUUUAUACGUCAGUGAUUAUAGAAGGUUUGAAGCGAUACGUAAUGACACUUUAGAAUCGAUGUUGCAUAUUCAGCAUUUACAUUGUAUACUAAACGUUUAUAUUAAUAAUAAUAAUCAUAAGUAUCAUAUUACGAUCGGUGGAGAUUGUCCAUCGGUCAUUAGCAAGUAG